AUGUCGCAAUCCACAUUCGACGUCGUGAUCGUCGGCGCAGGCCUCUCAGGCUUGCAAUCCGCACUGACGCUGCAUCGCGCCGGGCUUCGGUAUUUGGUUCUGGAAGCCCGUGACCGUGUAGGCGGAAAGACACUGACGCUGCGGUCGUCGAGCACGGGGGCGGUGAAGUCAGACUUGGGUGCCGCCUGGAUCAAUGACAGCAACCAAAGCCGGAUGUGGGCAUUGGCGCAGGAACUGGGAUUGCAUACGUAUGUGCAGAACACAUUUGGAGACGUUGUUGUGCAGGACUUUAACGGGAGUCUGGUCAAGUUCCCAUACGGCGGUGUACCCAAGUAUCCAUCAGCCAAAGACACAGAGUCAUGCAUCUCAAUCCGCGACCUGGUCGAAGAGGUCUCAACCACCAAAUCCCCCUCGAUAUUCUCGGCAGGUCCGCAUCGCCAGAGACUUGACUCCAUCUCUUUCGAAACAUACCUGCGCGAAGCAAAUGUGACGCCCAAGGCCUUCGCGACUGCUCAAGUCUGGACGCACGCCAUGCUCGGUGUCGACCCGGCUGAAGUUUCUGCGCUGUACUUCCUGGAAUACUGUGCCGCUGGGGGGGGCCUGAUGACGAUGCGGUCCGACUGUAAAGAUGGAGGCCAAUAUCUGCGCAUCCGAGAAGGUACCUCUGCUUUCGCAGAGCGGAUGGCUCAGAGGUUGACGCCUGGAUCCCUCAAGUUGAACAGUCCUGUGUGGGGAGUAACUCAGAACGCAGACGGGACUGUUUCGGUGUCAGCCAAAGGCCCAAGCCCCAUGGCCUAUAAUGCUCGAAAGGUCAUCAUCUCGGUCCCCACACCGGUCUACAAGACAAUCACAUUCUCACCACCUCUUCCGCCCUCCAAGACUUCCGUGGUCAACCGCACUCGCUAUGGCUUCUACACCAAGUACAUAGUGAAUUUCAGCAAGCCAUUUUGGGCAGAGAGGAAGCUGUGCGGGCUCGGGCAGUCGUUCGUCGGUCCAGUCUCAGUGUUUCGUGACACUAGCCUGGGAGAUGACAAGUACUGCAUGACAUGCUUCAUCGGCGGACAGUUUGGGCGGCGGUGGGCGGCUCAAGACGCCGAAGGGAAAAAGGCAUCGGUCUUGAAGCAGAUCGGCGACAUCUUCGCAGACGGCAAGGAUAUUACUCCGCUUUUCAUCGAAGCAUACGAGUCGCCUUGGAUGGAGGAAGAGUAUUCAGGCUGGGGUUGUCCAUGUCCGGCCCUGCCACCGGGCGUGUUGGCUGAUGGAUGGGACGCGUUGUGUGCUCCAGUAGGAAAUGUGCACUUUAUUGGAACUGAGCUGAGUACAGUUUGGCGUGGUUAUAUGGAGGGGGCAGUUGCAACAGGUGAGAGAGGAGCGAUGGAAGUUCUGACCGAGUUGAAGGGUGGAAAACUGAGCGCGAAGCUGUAG